AUGCGCUGGGGAUCGACGGCGGUAUGGCUCGCUUUGGGAGUGCUGCCAUGUCUGCAAGGUGUGGAGGGGAUGACGGCGGAGAGGAGGGUCGAGCUGAGGGAGGAAACGCGAAGGCUGUUCAAGCAUGGAUUUGACGGCUAUAUGGAGUAUGCGUACCCAGCGGACGAGCUCCGCUCACUCACUUGCACACCGAUGCACCGCGACCCCAAUCCCGGUAAUUUCGGCGUCAACGAUAUCCACGCCAAUGUGUCUAUGACCCUCCUCGAUACACUCUCUUCUUUACCGCUCAUCCAUCCCGAGGCGUUCCCCGAGGCCUUACAUCGAGUCGCAACGGAGAUAUCAUUCGACCAGGACGUCAAAGUCCAGGUCUUCGAAAUGACCAUCCGGGCGAUGGGGUCUUUGUUGUCGACAUACCAGCAUCUAGGUCGGAUACGGGCGGAUGAUGAUGAGGGAGAGCUGAAGAGGUACCAGCCGAGACUGCUGGAGAUGGCGCUGGACCUGGGGAAGCGGUUGGCUCCUGCGUUCACGACGACGACGGGGUUGCCGUAUGCUAGGGUGAAUCUAAGGCACGGAGUGGAAAAGGGCGAGAGCAUCGAGACUUGUACUGCUGGAGCCGGAAGUCUUAUCCUCGAAUUCGCGGUUCUUACCCGCUUGACCGGUGAUGAGCGCUUCGAGGCACUAGCUCAGCGAGCAUAUCUUGCCAUCUGGAACCGCCGAUCUACGCACAAUCUUCUCGGCAAUAGUAUCGGCGUCACGCAUGGGCAAUGGCUCGCUCCAGGCAUGUCCAGCGUUGGAGCGGGCAUGGACAGCUACUUUGAGUAUGGAAUCAAAGCUGCGAUCUUACUUAGUGACGAUAUGUACCUCGAUAUCUUCCAGGAUAGCUAUGCUGCUUUGCAGACGCAUGUCCGAUCUCCUGACGGCUUCAUCUACCGUCCCGUCCAGUUCCGUCUGCUCCAACUCUCCUUCCCAUCCUAUAUCGACUCCCUUGCCGCCUUUUUACCCGGAAUGCAAGUCCUCGCGGGCGACGUCGAAUCGGCCAUCAAGUCGCAUCUGGUUUACUGGAACAUAUGGCGGAGGUAUUCGGCUAUUCCAGAGAGCUGGGACUGGGCAAAGAGAGAGGUGGAGUGGGCGGGAUGGCCUGGACGGCCGGAGUUUAUCGAGUCGACUUUCUAUCUAUACCGAGCCACGAAAGACCCCUUCUACCUGCGCGUGGGGGAGAGGGUACUGAAUGAUAUGCGGAGAAGGACAAUGACCGAGUGUGGUUUCGCAACCAUGAAGAAUGUGGACACUGGAGAACUGGAGGAUAGGAUGGAGAGUUUCGUCCUCUCCGAGACGCUCAAAUAUCUCUACCUCUUAUUCGACUCAACAUCUACCCCACUUUCCAACUCAGUCUUCACGACCGAAGGUCACGCCCUCUCUCUCCCGUUGUCCCUCCUCCGGCCCCCCUCAGCCAUCCGGCGCCAGAUGCACCGCGGCGAAAACCUCUUCUGCCCCGCCUACACCCCAUCCACUCUCAACGGGCUGGUAGUCGGCAUCGAGCGACGGUCAGACUACGAAUACGCCCGCUCGCUUGUCUUUGGGCCCGGACUGGACGGGGUGGCGGAAGAAGACAAGGCCCGAGUGGGAUGGUGGGAGGGCGGGUAUUGCGAAGUGCCCAUCACGCCAAAAUAUUCGUUCGAGAUUGUCCUCUCUCCUCAUGACACCUCAGUCGCUGAGCCCACCCCGCCAGAAGACCCGGCGCCAAGUGCGGAGAAGGUGCAUCAGGACAUACAAACGGGAGACUUUUGGAUCGACAAUAUUGAGGGGUUGAGAUUGGGCGUACGCUGGAGAUAUGAUGGUACGGGUUACGACGUGUCAUACAUCGGUCCUCAUCGUGUCCGUCCUGGUCAAAACGUCAUCGUCACCGAUCCCAAAAUGGAAGGGUUCCUCCCUGUCCACGGAACGACCCUCACUCAAUCACAUACUCCCUCGGACGUCCUCCUUCGCUUCUCCUCCUCCUCAUCUUCGACCAAGUCAUCCGCUCAGCCAGAGAUCUUCCUACACGGUAUGGCCGCGACCGCUACAUUCGGCAAGGACUUUGGCGCCGACUCAUCAUCGAUAUCCACCCCAGCCGGCAGCCUCUCCCUCGGCGGUGCGGCGGCGAUACUCUAUCGACCCAAGAGGAAUACAGAUGGCUGCGAUGCCUUCCCCUCGUCCGAUAUCGUCGUCAAAGCAGGCAAGGCGCCGGUACUCGUCCUCGACCGAGGGGAGUGCACGUUCUUCCACAAGGCGCUGAAUGCGAGACAGGCGGGAGCGGCUGGGGUGAUCAUCUUGGGGUAUCCGCCUAAAUCGGCUGAGGUGGGAGGCGGGGAAGUGGGGGAGGUGCAAGAAGGUCUGAUACGGCCGUCGGCGGAGGAGGAGCCAGACUAUCUCAUCAGCCAGAUAGGCGACGAUUUUGGGGUGCUGUACGUGGACUGGGUGGUCGGGCGGGCGGUAGUGGACGUGAUGGCUGAGCAAGGGAAGGAGGUCGGCGUGGAGCUGUUUGAUCUGACGAGUAUGGGGAUGGGCGGCGGUGGUGGUGGAUCUUCGGGUGGGAGGAAUGGGGAAAGAGAAGCAGCUAUGGGUGGGGGAGGGAUCACUAGGGAGGGGAGAGUGAUGGUUGCGGGGUGGGAUAUACGGAACUUGCGGAUCGUGGAGAGGCCGCCAUGA